GGGGGGGGGUGUACUCAUAGUCGUGCAUGCCGUAGUCGUUAGACCAUUGACCUCGCAUCCCUACAAAGCCGGGACGGAGCACGCCGGGUUCUCACCGGACCAGGCUCUCACAUCACCAAGCGCGAAGCGCCGUGAGGUAUUUGGCGAGUCGCAUGAAGGGGGAGGGCAAAGCAACACCAGGUGGAAGAGCGUGCGGCUCGUCUUUCAACCCCUGCCCCCGGGAGACGGGAGGGGGUGGGGCUUGCUCAUCACCGGCGGCGGGGACUCCAUCUGGAACGAGCAGCGCAUCCCUUUCUGCAUCUCGGGCCGCCUGUCUCUCCCGGGCCUAG